UGCGUUCCCCUGGUCACUGAUAUGAUGCACACUGUAAAAAGUGUCCUCCUCUGAGCCCUGUGCUCGGUGUUAAUCUGAAUAGAUGCAGUAUUAUUUGCAGUGUGCCGCACAGCUCCACCCACAGAGUGUUAGAGGAUUACAGCUCUGUUGCAGUGUGAAAUUGAGGUGUGUGUUUGUGUGAGUGUGUGCGUGUGUUUUUGUGUGUGUCUCUGUCCAAGGACAAACUAUGGGAGAGUUUUGAAGUCCUGCAGCUUCUCGAUGUGCGCCGCCGACCUGCCUCAUGCGGCCGCAGGAAGUCUCUCUGAAGACCUGCAUGCGUCCUUAAAGUCCAACUGUGAGGGAGACAUGAUGUCCACCAUGGAGAUAACUGAGUAACCCAGAGCUCCAACUCUGUCCGGGAUAAAAGGCUGUCGUGGAGGGUUCCCAGUCCUGUGUGGGAUGUUAAGAGACUGGCUGCAGGAGCAUGGUGAAACACCAACCAUUACAGGUCUAUGAGAAGCAGCUCUUUGUGUCCUUCGUCACUGGGAUCUAUGGUUGCCGCUGGAAACGCUACCAGCGUUCCCAAGAAGACAGCUCAAGGUGGGAGUGUACAUGGUUCAUCAUCUUGUGCAGUUCUUUCCUACUGGUUCUCUUCUGGGCGUACUUCUGGUUGGUGGCUCAAAAUGAUUUCAACGAGUUCAACUGGUCAGUAUACAACCGCUCUGGAGCAUGGAGCGACGAGACCAUCCCCAUCCUCGCACCCACCACUGUGGGAUUCAGCUACAUCACAUUCUUAAUGAUCUUAGCACUUUUCCAUAUAUCCUUGGGCCAGCAGCUCAACCUCUACUGGGUUCACAAGAUUGGAGUGUUGGCGACGUUGUUCACCACUAUUUCUGGUGUCGUCUCUGUUGAUGACAUAUGGGGAGAUGAGUGGGACAUCCUGCUUGUAUCACUGCAGUCAACAGCACCUUUCCUGCACAUUGGAGCCCUUGCAACAGUCACAGCUAUCAGCUGGUUGGUGGCUGGAUAUGUGGUCCGCAGAGACAGAUCCAAUUUUCAGGUGACGGUGUUGGUGAUCUACAUCAUCAUCCUUCUGGCUGUCUAUUUGGCACCACUCACAUUCAGCUGCCCCUGCAUUAUGGACCGGCACACACUCCGACCCCGGCCAGACAUCAUUGGUCGACGGGGAGCUCCUAUGCUGGCCCCAGAAAACACCAUCGUGUCCUUUAACCGAGCUCUGCAGAAUGGAGCCAGCUCCCUGGAGGCAGACGUCACCAUCAGUGUAGACGGUGUUCCUUUCCUGAUGCGGGACCGCACGUUGAGACGAACCACAGACGUUGGGAAGGUGUUCCCAGCCCGGCAGUUUGAGGAUGCUUCUCUCUUCAACUGGACAGAGAUUCACUCUCUAAACGCAGGCCAGUGGUUUCUGAAGAGCGACCCCUACUGGACCGUAGAGACCCUGACUGCCAGGGACCGCCUCAGGAUAGGCAACCAGACGGUCUGCAGUCUGGUGGACAUGCUGCGUCUGGCAGCCAGGGCCAACAGCUCCGCUCUGCUCGACAUCCGCCGGCCUCCACCGGAGCAUCCGCGCCACCGCAGCUGGUUCAUGGACACGCUGUGGGCCGUGCAGAAAGCUGGGAUUUCCCCCAAGAGGGUGAGGACUGUGACGUGGACCCCCGACACGGACAGGGGGAGGGUGCGAGGGCUGCCGCAGAGCGCCAAUGAGAAGCUGUCACUGGAAGAGAUACGGCAGAGGGGGAUAACAAGCCUCACCCUGCACUACAGCAAGGCCAGCCACACAGACAUACAGGAGUAUCUGGCCCAUAAUGUGAGUGUGACUGUGUCCGCAGUCAACGCGCCCUGGCUCUACUCCGUCCUGUGGUGCAGCGGGGUGUCUUCUGUGUCCUCUGAUGCCCCACAAGUCCUCCGAAAGGUGCCUUACCCCAUCUGGCUCAUGAGUCGGAGCGCUUACCGCUUCAUCUGGUUCUCGUCAGAUCUGGUGUCCAUCGCCUUAGUCAUAGGGAUUUUCUGUUUUCAGAACUAUCAUAUGAUCAGGUGGAAGAUGAGCGGGAUGCAGAACUAUAACCCGGAACAGAUCGUGCUCAGCGCUGUGGCCAAUCGGACUAAUCGGGAUCUCAACGUCAUGAAGGAGAAGCUCAUAUUCUCAGAACUCAACAACGGGCUGAGCAGCACAGAGGACAUCUCUCUGUUUCCUGAGAACGGUUAUGCCAUAUACUCUCAUGGAGGCCUCGGGGACUGAACCACACUGCAGCUACAGCCCUGGAUUACAGAACUGAUAUCAGUGAACUAACCCCAGAACACAUCAUGGAAAUCAAAUUGUUUCUAAAAUAUGGACAAUUAACGUAUACACACUUGAGUGCAAGUUAUGUGUAAUAUAUGUGUGAAUAUAAUUUGAUUGUGAAUUUUUACCUUAAUAUACAGACAAGUUGUUGCAAGAUUUCUCAAAAUAAAUCUCCUUUUUCCUUUGAA